AUGGUGAUGGUUUUCUUUCGUGGGCUCAGUGGUCGAUCCGGUGUCGGGCUUGGGCUUUGGAAACGGAAGCAGAGCGGUGUACGCUUGGAGGCCCAUGUUUUUGGGCCGAAUAUUGGUGAACGAAUCCGACCCGGUGAUCAUGAUCCUUGGUGUUUGGUUCUUGCGGCAACGGUCCCGUCUCGCUCCCGCUCCGCUCCCUCUCCCCCCGCCUCCCCCGCCGCCGCCGCCGCCGCCUUCCUCCUCAGGAGCCGGGCUGCCCUCCGGCCGUCCCGCCGCCGGAACCUGUGCCUGGCGUCGAGCUCCGAGACCCUGGUGGGGGGAUCGCUCAGGGAGGAGGAGGGGAAGCGGCGCGGCGAGGUCGUCGUGAGCAAGAAGGAGGAGGAGGACGACUUGAAGUCUUGGAUGCACCGGAACGGGCUUCCACCGUGCAAGGUCGUGCUCAAGGAGAGGGCGUCGCACAAUGAGAGGCACCAGCCCAUACACUACGUCGCCGCCAGCGAAGAUCUUCAGGUGGGCGAUGUCGCAUUCUCUGUUCCGAAUUCGCUGGUUGUGACACUGGAGAGAGUGCUGGGUAACGAGACUAUUGCGGAACUACUUGCCACGAACAAAUUGUCGGAGUUGGCAUGCUUGGCCUUGUAUCUAAUGUAUGAGAAGAAGCAAGGGAAGAAGUCUUUCUGGUACCCUUACAUAAGGGAGCUUGAUCGUCAGCGUGGAAGGGGCCAGUUGGCAGUGGAAUCUCCGCUUUUAUGGGCAGAAUCUGAACUUGAUUACUUAACAGGAAGUCCAACAAAGGCCGAAGUGCUUGAGAGGGCUGAAGGGAUCAGAAGAGAAUACAAUGAGCUUGACACUGUUUGGUUUAUGGCUGGUUCUUUGUUUCAGCAAUACCCUUACGAUAUUCCAACUGAGGCCUUUCCGUUUGAGAUUUUCAAGCAAGCCUUUGUGGCAAUUCAAUCUUGCGUGGUGCAUUUGCAGAAAGUCAGUCUUGCACGAAGAUUUGCUUUAGUUCCUCUUGGUCCCCCAUUGCUAACAUAUAGAAGCAAUUGCAAGGCAAUGUUGACAGCCGUUGAUGGUGCUGUUGAACUAGUGGUUGAUCGUGCAUAUAAGGCUGGAGAACCAAUAGUUGUUUGGUGUGGACCACAGCCUAAUUCAAGAUUGCUUUUGAACUAUGGUUUUGUUGAUGAAGAUAACUCUUAUGAUCGGCUUGGGGUUGAGGCUUCUUUGAAUACUGAGGAUCCUCAAUAUCAGGAUAAAAGAAUAGUUGCUCAACGAAACGGAAAGCUUUCGAAACAACUCUUUUAUGUGUAUGCUGGAAAGGAAAGGGAAGCUGUGUGGGAUAUGCUUCCUUAUUUGCGAUUGGGCUAUGUUUCGGAUCCUUCAGAUAUGCAGUCAGUCAUUUCAUCCCAAGGUCCAAUAUGUCCCGUGAGUCCUUGCACAGAGAGGGCUGUCUUGGACCAAUUAGUUGAAUAUUUCGAGUCACGGAUUGCUGGCUAUCCUACAACCUUGAGUGAAGAUGAGACUUUGUUGGCAGAUCCCUCUUUAAACCCAAAGAAGCGAGUUGCCACACAGCUUGUGCGGUUGGAAAAGAAAAUUCUAAAUUCAUGCUUGCAGGCGGCAGUUGAUCUGAUAAAUCAGUUACCUGAUCACACUGUUUCUCCCUGUCCUGCUCCUUAUGCUCCUUACUUGAAAUGAAAGAAAUUAGAAAUGUCUGUAUGAUGUAGAAAGAAGUUGUAAUAGUUUUGCAUCCAGAUGCUUGGGGAGUUCAAGUGGAAGAUUACAAUCAGGUACAGUGGGACAGAUGGGUAUGGGUUUUUAUCAAAAAAUGAGUUGAUGUAGAACCCCACCUCAGCGGGUUUGAUCCAGGCCUUAAGACAAGAGUGUGCACUGUGUUUUAGGUUUGAGAAAGACGUGAACUGGUUCCAUGAUGAAGAUACUCUCGGUAGGCCUUUCGUACUCUGUCCCCGCCCCUUUCCUCAUAGGAGGUCUUCUGUGUGACUUUCAUGUGAAGUGUUCAUCUUUUUAUUAGGCAAGAAGAUGUUAUUUUGCAGGCACCAAUUGCUUUGUAAGUAUUAGUGCUGGAUAUUGUCUUGCCACCUUUUGUAAAUGUAAAUGUAAACAGAGACGACUGAUGGCAAUUUAAACUUUGUUCCUGUGCUCGGUCCUUUAGGGUGUGAA